CUGCAUAAGCCUCCGCAGUGGCAUUCGCUGCAUAAGCCUCAGCUGUCGCAUUCCCUGCAUAAGCCUCCGCAGUGGCAUUCCCUGCAUAAGCCUCCGCAGUGGCAUUCGCUGCAUAAGCCUCAGCUGUCGCAUUCGCUGCAUAAGCCUCCGCAGUGGCAUUCGCUGUAUAAGCCUCAGCUGUCGCAUUCCCUGCAUAAGCCUCCGCAGUGGCAUUCCCUGCAUAAGCCUCCGCAGUGGCAUUCCCUGCAUAAGCCUCCGCAGUGGCAUUCCCUGCAUAAGCCUCCGCAGUGGCAUUCCCUGCAUAAGCCUCAGCUGUCGCAUUCGCUGCAUAAGCCUCCGCAGUGGCAUUCCCUGCAUAAGCCUCAGCUGUCGCAUUCGCUGCAUAAGCCUCCGCAGUGGCAUUCCCUGCAUAAGCCUCAGCUGUCGCAUUCGCUGCAUAAGCCUCAGCUGUCGCAUUCCCUGCAUAAGCCUCCGCAGUGGCAUUCGCUGCAUAAGCCUCAGCUGUCGCAUACGCUGCAUAAGCCUCAGCUGUCGCAUUCCCUG